AUGGCCGCCGCGCUGGGGCUGCGCGCCUCGGCGCGGCUCCCGAGACGCCUCAAGAGCACGGCCGCGGCGGCGCUCGAGCCCUGGGUCGGCGCCGACGUCGAGGCCCUGCAGGAGAAGCAGGGCAAGCACGUCUGGCACCCCAUGACGCAGCAGCGGCCCUGGAGCGUCGCCGAGGCCGCGCCGCCCGUGCCCGUGGCCAGGGCCGCCGGGUCCACGCUCACGCGCAUGGACGGCACGGAGCUGCUCGACGCGAUGGGCGGCCUCUGGUGCGUGAACAUCGGCUACGGCCGCGAGGAGGUGGCCCGCGCGGCCUACGAGGCCAUGACGGCGCUGCCGUUCCUGAGCCCGCUCCACGGGUCCGCGCCGCAGAUCGAGCUCGCGGCGAAGAUCUCCGAGCUGCUCCGCUACGACGCGCACGUCUACUUUACGGCGUCCGGCUCGGAGGCCAACGAGGCGGCCUUCAAGAUCGCGCGCCAGUACCACGCGGCGAACGUCGAGCGGGACCCGAGCGGGCCCCUGCGCCACACGAUCAUCGCGCGGCACCGCGCGUACCACGGCAACACAGCGGGCGCGAUGGCCGCGACGGGCCAGGCGGAGCGCAAGAUCGGCUUCGGGCCCCAGCCGCCGGGCUACUUGCACGUGCCGCCGCCCUACGCCUACCGGCGGCCCGCGGGCGUGACCGUCGAGCAGCACGGCGCGGAGGUCUGCCGCCAGCUCGAGGAGACGAUCGUCAUGGAGGGCGAGCAGACCGUCGCGGCCUUCGUGAUGGAGCCCGUCAUGUCCGGCGGGGGCGUGCUCGUGCCCCACGAGACCUACCUGCGGGACGUGCGGCGCAUCUGCGACAAGUACGGCGUGCUGCUGAUCCUGGACGAGGUCGUGUCGGGCUUCGGGCGGACGGGCGCGAUGUUCGGCCACCAGCACUACGGCGCGACGCCGGACAUCAUCACGCUGGCCAAGGGCCUGACCUCCGGCUACUGCCCGCUGGGCGCCUGCGCCGUCACGUCCGACGUCUUCGACCGCUUCCACGACGACCCCCGCCUCGCGCACUUCCGGUCCAUGAACACCUACGGCGGCCACCCCGUGGCCUGCGCCGUCGGGCUGAAGAACAUCGAGAUCAUCGAGCGCGAGGGCCUCGUGGACCGCGCGCGCGACGUCGGCGACUUCCUCAAGGGCUCGCUCGAAGCCGCGCUCGACGGCCACCCGCUCGUGGGGGAGGUGCGGGGCAUGGGCCUCCUCAUCGGCGUCGAGCUCGUCACGGACGUCUACACGCGGCAGCCCAUCGAGGAGGACCGGUCGGCCGCCGUCGUCAACGCGUGCGCGGAGAUGGGCGUCGUCGUCGGCCGCAACGGGAGCACGGUCCCGGGCCUCUGCAACGUCCUCAUCCUCGCGCCGCCCUUCAUCGUCACCGAGGACGAGUGCCGCAAGAUCACGGACGCCAUCAAGCGGGCCCUCGACGCGGCCGUCUGA